UUUAUGAAAACAUUAUGAGAGAGUUCACUAAGAUGGCGAAAUGUGUUUAGUUGUUUACUGAAAUGGAUUGCAGAAAUUUGAUAAUUGUCAAAAUUCAAAGUGUGUGCAAUCCACCGAUGAUAGUGCUAUCUUCUCUACAACUAACUGGAAAAUUUCAACAGCUUUAGAGAAAAGUUGAGAACAAUGCGUGAAUUUAAAGUUGUAGUUCUCGGUUCGGGUGGGGUUGGGAAAAGUGCACUGACUGUUCAGUUUGUUUCCGGAUGUUUCAUGGAAAAAUAUGAUCCAACGAUCGAAGAUUUCUAUCGUAAGGAAAUUGAAGUGGACAACUCUCCCUGUGUGUUGGAAAUUUUGGACACAGCAGGUACAGAACAAUUUGCCAGCAUGCGCGACCUCUACAUCAAGAAUGGACAGGGGUUCGUUGUAGUUUAUAGUCUCACAAAUCACCAAACCUUCCAAGAUAUCCGCCCCAUGAAGGAACUGAUCACCCGAGUAAAGGGUACCGAGAGGGUUCCUAUUUUGCUAGUCGCCAACAAAGUUGAUUUGGAACACCAGAGAGAGGUAGAGUACGCCGAAGGAAACAGUCUUUCCCAACAAUGGGGAUGUCCUUUUAUCGAGGCGAGCGCUAAGAACAGAACCAACGUAAACGAGGUUUUUGCAGAAAUAGUCCGUGAAAUGAACUUUAGCCCUGAAAAGGAGAAAAAAAGUUACUGCUGUUGUACUGUGCUCUAAUAGCGGCCUCCUUCCACUAUGUGUUGGGAACAAUGUGUUACAACAGACGACUUGCUUUGUGUUAACUGUGAAUUGCUGAGUUGACUGUCGACUGUUAUUAAUUACAGUUUAGCGCCCGUGGACAAUUAUGGAUUUGUAUUGUAAAUGCUCAUUUCUAGUAUACUUCAAUGGCUUAGAACUGCACAAUAUCUAUAUUUUUAUACAUUGAACAAAAUCUUCGUAAAUGAUGCAUAAAAUAUGUAUUUUAUUUACUAGUUUUCUAAACCGAAUCAUAUCUACCGUAAGAUCUAUUUGAAUAGUGCCUGAUUAAGAACAUUGCAACAUUGCGACUAAACGCGUGGACGGUACUACUCACGGCCUAAAAAAGAUCUGUCAGAUGGUUAACCUCCAAGUCAACUAACAUUAUGGGCCUCCCGGUGUAUUCGCCAUGCGAAUAUCCUUCUAUUAUGGUUCUGUCAUCAUGUGAGCUCAUAUUGUAUAUAUUAUAUUAUAACAAUUUUAUCAGAGAUCUGUGUUUAUAACAUAAGAACUAUUCAAUCAAAAAGUGAUGUGUGCUUGAAGAUGCGUGCUUGUAGAACUAAUACAUGUUUUUGUAAGUAAAUAAAAUGUUGCCGAUAGGAUGAGUGUUCUGAGAGCCAAAAAGGAUUUGUGAUAUAUACGUAUUAUAAUAAAAAGAAUUAA